GUGGAGGCGGGGCCAAGCUCGGGCUCCCGCGCCUGGGCGGGUCCUCGCGGGGGCGGAGUCUGCACUCCGGUUCGGGCUGCGGCUGCGGCUGCGGCUUUGGUUGCUGCACUUCUACCUUUUGAGGGAAAGAGGCCGAGGCCUGGGCCAAGCCCGGAGCCGCCGCUCGCCGGAGCCUCCUGGAGCCUCCGCGCCGGCUCAGCCUGGGGGCGGGCUCCGGUCCGGCCCGCCGCCGCAUCCAGGACGGAGGCUGCACGCCCGAGGACCAGGCCGGCGCAACCAUGGAGGAAGCAUCUCCCUAUUCCUUACUCGAUAUCUGCUUGAAUUUCUUGACUACUCACCUUGAGAAGUUCUGUUCAGCCAGACAAGAUGGAACAUUGUGUCUGCAGGAACCUGGAGUAUUCCCACAGGAGGUGGCUGAUCGACUGCUUCGGACCAUGGCUUUUCAUGGUCUACUGAAUGAUGGAACUGUGGGUAUUUUUAGGGGCAACCAGAUGCGCUUAAAACGAGCCUGCAUUCGCAAAGCAAAGAUCUCUGCUGUUGCUUUCCGGAAAGCCUUCUGUCACCACAAGUUAGUGGAACUUGAUGCCACAGGUGUGAAUGCUGAUAUCACGAUUACAGACAUUAUCAGUGGACUUGGCAGUAACAAAUGGAUCCAGCAAAAUCUCCAGUGCUUGGUGCUGAAUUCAUUAACUCUCUCCCUUGAGGAUCCUUACGAGCGGUGCUUCAGCCGGCUUUCUGGCCUUCGAGCUUUAAGCAUCACCAAUGUUCUCUUUUACAAUGAAGACCUGGCUGAAGUUGCCUCGUUGCCAAGAUUAGAGAGCUUAGAUAUUUCUAACACCUCGAUCACAGACAUCACUGCUCUACUGGCCUGCAAAGACCGACUCAAGUCUCUAACCAUGCACCACUUGAAAUGUUUAAAAAUGACAACUACCCAGAUACUGGAUGUUGUUCGGGAACUCAAACAUCUGAAUCAUCUUGAUAUCUCAGAUGAUAAACAGUUUACGUCAGACAUAGCUCUUCGCUUACUAGAACAAAAAGACAUCCUACCCAACCUUGUUUCUCUGGAUGUUUCUGGGAGAAAGCACGUGACAGAUAAAGCUGUUGAAGCCUUUAUACAACAACGGCCAAGCAUGCAGUUUGUAGGUUUGCUGGCUACUGAUGCUGGUUAUUCUGAGUUCCUCACAGGCGAAGGACAUUUGAAGGUGUCUGGAGAAGCCAAUGAAACUCAGAUUGCGGAAGCACUGAAGCGCUACAGUGAACGGGCUUUCUUUGUUCGGGAAGCUCUAUUUCAUCUGUUUAGUCUGACUCAUGUGAUGGAAAAAACAAAGCCAGAAAUUUUAAAGCUUGUGGUUACUGGGAUGAGAAACCACCCUAUGAAUUUGCCAGUGCAACUGGCUGCAAGCGCCUGUGUAUUUAACUUAACCAAGCAGGAUCUUGCUGCGGGAAUGCCUGUCCGACUCCUGGCUGAUGUGACCCAUUUACUGCUCAAAGCCAUGGAACAUUUUCCCAAUCACCAGCAGUUACAGAAGAAUUGCCUCCUUUCACUUUGUAGUGACCGGAUCCUUCAAGAUGUUCCAUUUAACAGAUUUGAAGCAGCCAAGCUUGUCAUGCAAUGGCUCUGCAACCAUGAGGAUCAAAACAUGCAAAGGAUGGCAGUUGCUAUCAUUUCCAUCCUGGCUGCCAAGCUUUCUACAGAACAAACUGCACAGCUUGGUACUGAACUCUUCAUCGUCAGGCAACUUCUUCAAAUAGUGAAGCAGAAAACCAAUCAGAAUUCAGUGGACACUACGUUGAAAUUUACUUUGAGUGCACUUUGGAACCUCACAGAUGAAUCCCCAACCACUUGUAGACACUUUAUUGAAAACCAAGGGUUAGAACUCUUCAUGAGGGUUCUAGAGUCUUUCCCAACUGAGUCGUCCAUUCAGCAGAAAGUUCUAGGACUUUUGAACAAUAUAGCUGAAGUACAAGAAUUGCAUUCCGAAUUAAUGUGGAAAGAUUUUAUAGACCACAUCAGUAGUCUUCUACACAGUGUGGAAGUGGAAGUCAGUUACUUUGCAGCUGGAAUUAUUGCCCAUUUAAUAUCCAGAGGUGAACAAGCUUGGACAUUGAGUCGUAGCCAGAGGAAUUCUCUUCUGGAUGAUUUGCAUUCAGCUAUUUUGAAAUGGCCAACUCCAGAGUGCGAGAUGGUAGCAUACAGGUCCUUUAAUCCAUUUUUCCCAUUACUUGGCUGUUUCACAACACCAGGAGUCCAGCUGUGGGCAGUCUGGGCCAUGCAACAUGUCUGCAGCAAGAAUCCUUCAAGGUAUUGCAGCAUGCUGAUUGAAGAAGGAGGAUUGCAGCAUUUAUACAACAUCAAAGAUCAUGAACAUACUGAUCCCCAUGUCCAACAGAUUGCUGUGGCCAUUCUGGACAGCUUAGAAAAACACAUUGUGCGCCACGGGAGGCCACCUCCCUGUACAAAACAGACCCAAGCCAGACUAAAUUGAUAGCCAUAAGUAUUGGAUAAUUGAAUCACAAGAAUCCUUUUUGUGAUUGGUCCCUUUGAAAUAUCUUACCCUCUGUGAUGUUUUGGGAGUUUCUAUGACAAGAGUCAUAAGAUCAGUUUGGGAUUGAUAAUGUAUAGUACUGCCCAUGUGAACAGUCUCUAAUUUAUCUUGUGAUUUUUAACUUAUGAGACAAGAAGGGUCUCUUCCUUUAUCAUUGCCUUUUAGGAAAUUUUCCACAUCUUUCAGUGUUUGAACUUCCUUGUGCUUGAGAUUCUCCAGUUUUAUGGUAAAGUUUGCACGAACCCUUAGGCCAGACUUUUCUGAUCUCAGAGUCCCUUGCAGUCAAUUUGCAGCUUCACAUAAGCUGUUUACCUGAUUUCUGGCACUGCUUCAAUUGUAAAUUUUAUACUGCUUCUGUAUAAAAUGCCUUUAUUCUCUCUGUAUCUUUUAUAAGAUGUCCUUCUUAGUGUGAAAGAAGGAGAAUGUGGAUCAUCUUGUGGAAGCUAAUCACUGGCAGGAGCCUAGAUGACUGGCGGAAAGAUGUAUGAGAAAGAAAAGCUAUGAAGGGAGAACAGAGUGUAGGAACUGGGAAUUGCUUUAUGGUAUAGGUUUUUAAAUGAGAGGCUAUCCUGUGGGAGCCCAUCUCUCUUGAGGCAGUGAGCAGAGGCUUGUUCUCCAUAUUUAUACCUAGAAGUAUGGACUACUACUUCCUGCACAAACUGCUGGUUAUUCUCUAGGAAUAUUUCCCCAAGCACCACAGUAUAAAAUAUUACAGCAUUCUGUGUUAAAGAGUAACUGUCCCCAUCUCCAUAUGUCAUAUUGUUGUGAAAAUGUGAUUUUAAAAAAUUGCUGGUUAUAACUGGCUAUUCUUUUCCUCUUUUCAACCAAAAAAAGUCAUUUUUGUUCAGUGGAAUAGAGACAACAACAUGGUGUUAACCUCUCGGUUAAAAUACAGUUGACACCAGUAAAUUUUGCCAUGAAAAGUUAAAAUCUCUUGUUCAAAAUAUGUGGAUCUUCUUAAUGUGUUCAUGUUGGAGAAAGCUGUCCACAUCUCACUGCCAAAACUGAAAGAGAAGAAUUAAACUAUUUAAAUGGUUAAAUGUAAUGAUUCUACUCACAGUACAUAACAGCACAUAUUCUUGAUGGAUUAUUUUUUAGACAAUUACCUUUCCUUAAGAUACCUGAUACAGUAAAGAAUCAGAUCAGCAAUAGCACUUGGGAGAUAGCAAGUCACCAAGAAACUUAAUUUUCACUUAAAGUUUUAUUUUAUGAAUAAGGUUAAUCUAUAAUCCCAGAUAACUACGUUUUUUUUCCAUAGAUGGCCAGUGUUUUUAAUAAAGAUUUAAAAUGGAAUAUUUACAUUGUAGUGCUUAUUCAGAAGCAUUUUGAUUUAGGAAGGAGCUAGUUUGUUAGUUCACUGAUGACAUUUUUUGACAAACAUUUUAUGCCAUUAUCACAAUAAUCAGACUUGAAUUUUUUGGAGUUUCUUCAUGUGAAUGAAAACUGAGUUAAAAGAAAGUAGGUAUUUAGGGCCAGAUGCUGUAAUCCCAGCACUUUGAGAGGCUGAGGCAGGAGGAUUACUUGAGACCAGAAAUUCAAGACCAGUCUGGGCAACAUAGUAAGACCCUGUCUCUAGCUGAGGUGGUGGUACACCCCUCUGGUCCCAGCUUCUCAGUGGGUCAGGGGUGGAGUGCUGCCUGGGCAACAGAACAAGACUGACUCAAAAAAAAAAAAAAAAAACAUAUUUAGAGUCACUGAAAACCAUAUUAGAUACUGGGUUAAUGCUGACUUAAUUGGCUUAAGGAAUUUUUAUAGGUUUAAGAUAAGUUUUCACAGACGAGGUUUAUUUCAGAGGAAAUAGAGAAUUCUUUUAAAAGUGUUUUUGUUUUUUGCCUUUUCUGAAUGUUAAUGUCUAAGACAAAAUUCAGGAAAUGAGAUGGCCUGUGGUAGCUUGGAAAUUGCUAGAUAUGCUGACCAUUUCCAGAUCUUUUAUCUACUGUAGUUAAGGGAAAGCCUAUUUUAGAAGUUUGGCUUCAAGUUUCUGUUUUAUAUUGUUUAAGACAAUAGUGCAUACCCUCCUUUAUAAGCUAAUGCUAGGUUUUUGUCUUUACAAAUUAUUUACAGAAAUAGCUAAAAGUGUACAGAAAACAGUAAAUCCCUUCUGUACUCAGAAUAACUUAAUAGAUGAAGCAUCCAAAAUAUCUAAAAGUAAGGCUGGGCAUGGUGGCUUUCACCUAUAAUCCCAUCAUUUUGGGAGGCCAAGGCAGCCGAAUGAAUCACUUGAGGUCAGGAGUUCAAGACCAGCCUGGCCAACAUGGUGAAAACCCCAUGUUGUAUUUUUAGUCUCUACUAAAAACACAAAAUUAGCUGCACACCUGUAGUCCCAGCUGCUCUGGAGGCUGAGGCAGCCGAAUCACUUAAACCUGGGAGGUAGAGGUUGUAGUGAACCAAGAUCACGCCACUGCACUCCAGCCUGGCGACAGAGCGAGACUCCUUUUCAAGAAGAAUAAAAGAAUUAAGGCACAGAAUUGUCUGUAUGGUCCUGAUUCUGGCUAAAAUACAAUGGAUGUAUAUAUUGAAAUUAUGAAGCAUAAGUGGCCAGUAUCUACAGUUAGAAUCUACGAGGCCUCCCUUUUGUACCUGUAGACUAGAAUGUAACUGUUCUUGGUGCCUUUGAGUGUGGCUUAGAGGUGCUAUUUCAAGCACAAUUUAGACUAGGGUUGAACCACUCAUUGUUCAAAUCAUUGGUGGGCACUGAUGUAAAAUAUCACUACAUCAGUCCACAAGCAACAGUAAGAAAAUGUAUUUAUUAAAGGAAAUAGAAUUUGACUUUUUAGUGCAUAAUGAUGUUCUGGGGCACAAUGGGGAAAAUUUUUUUGAAAAUAGAGUAUAGGGGCUGGGCGCAGUGGCUCACACCUGUAAUCCAAGCACUUUGGAGGCCAAGGCAGACGGAUCACCUGAGGUCGGGAGUUCAAGACCAUCCUGGUCAAUGUGGUGAAACCCCAUCUCUAUUAAAAAUACAAAAAAUUAGCUGGGCAUGGUGGUGUGUGCCUGUAAUCCCAGCUACUCAGGAGGCUGAGGCAGGAGAAUUGCCUGAACCCAGGAGGCGGAGGUUGCAGUGAGCCGAGAUUGCGCCAUUGCACUCCAGCCUGGGUAACAAAUGUGAAACUCCGUCUCAAAAAAAAAGAAAAGAAAAGAAGAGUAUAACGAUACAUAUUGGUAUAAUUGAGUAAAAGAAAAGAAGAUUUGAGCAAAUACAAUUAAGAUGUCUUAUUUUUUGCAUCAAGUAGUUUUUGCUGUGGUCUUGAUUCUCCACAAAAUAAUUUUUUCUUUUUGCAGUUGAAAAUUAACAUAAAUCAAGUGGUAAUAAGGGAUUAGUUUACCCUCAAACCAAUGACUCCAUGGCUAUUGAUCUUAAAGAUUUUUAAAAAGCAUAUCAGACCCCCAGUUUCAGGAGUUGACUAUAAAUAUUGCUGCUUGUCACCCCAGGACAGUAAUGCCUUAUAGUGGCACAAGUCAGCCUAAGUAGAUUACCCAUGGUGGAAGUGAAUAAAGCUGCAUGGGAAUUUGCUUUUAUGAUACCUUUUAUUUGCAAACUUCCAAAGAAUCAAGUUUUAUGUUUAAAACCAGCAAUUCUACAUAUCUAGCUUUAGGAAGCUGCCCUUGCACAUGAGACAUUUUGUGUUAACCUGUUUUCUCCCCAGUCAUCUUAUUUGGCUGUGUUUAAAAGAGAGAGAUGGUUUUUCACUGUGUUGCCCAGGCUGGUCUUGAACUCCUGGCCUCAAGUGAUUUUCCCACCUUACCUUUCCGAAGUGCUGGGAUUAGAGGCAUGAGCCAGAGUGCCUGGUCUUAGCUGUGUUUUUAAUUAUGCCAUUGUACAUAAUGCAUGUACAUAACAUCAGACCAUCUUCCUAUCUCUUUUGAGCACAUUUUUAAAUGAAAACACGUUUUAUGUGCUAAAUUAGGUCCAUUUACCACAGAUUUAGCUUAAUGUUUUUAAAUGCGUUACCCCCAUAGGACAAUGUACAGCAGUACCAAGGUUGAGAAGAGGUAGCAGGGGAAGCAAACUUAACAGUCUUUGUAUAUGGUGAAACCCAUCCCUCUCUUGCCCUCCAAUGGAAUGUUUACAUUAUUUGGUUAUUAUACAGCAUAUAAUAGUGGUAUAAACAGUAUUAUUAAACUGAAGGCAUAAUUUAAAGGAAGUAUGAUACAUUGAGCUGAUGUGGGCUCUUCCACUUUUAUCUGUAUGUUUCUUAUUUGGGGACUUUGCAUUGCUAGGGCUUCAGUAUACUAACUUUGACACAGCUUCCAGAGAGGUUUGCAAACUUUUGGUUUUCCUCUCAAAUCCAUGGUAGCAGUUUGAAAUGAUUUUGUGGAUAAUGGAUGUUUGGUCUUUAUCAUUUGCUGUGUAUUGACAGUUUUAAUUUUCAGCAUUCUCUCAUAAAUGGUUUAAUUUUUGGAAUAAUGGAAAACCAACCUUUGUCCAGUGAUGAGAAUAGCCGUAUGAUAAGAAAAUUCACUCACUGUGCUUUAAAUGAGUACUUGUUUUACCUUAUUUAGUAUUUCAUAGACUUUGCAUGAUGUGGUUGGUACACUCCAAAUUAUGCAUUCUUUGGUUUCCAAAUCUUAACCUAAGAUACUUUGUUAACUGACUGGUAGCCUAACAAAGAGACUUUUCUUCCUUUUUUUCUCUCUCCCCCCAUUUUUUGGGGUAAAUUUUGCAAAGAUCAGUGCUGUUUCUCAUUACUCUGAGGUAAAGCUGUUUUGGACAGCACAGCCUAACUUUACAGCUACACUAUGGCUAUGAUAUUUUUAAAAUCCAAAUUUAUCAAAAUUAUUUUAUGGAAAAUCAAAUCUAGUUUAUUCAUAUGUGCUUAAUUUUAGACUUAUUUUGGGAAAAACUUUUCAAAUUGGGUUCUUUUAAGCUUAUUUUAAGCAGCCUAGAAAGAAGAAUCUACUUAGCUAAUGAAAGCUGAGACACUUUAAUAAAAGCAGGAUCUUGAGAGCAUUUUUUCCCUUAAAAACUUUAUACUCUGAGAUUAUCUGCAACAAUAAAAAUUAAGAAAUCCCUGACUUUUGUAGAAUUCCCAAUGUAAAAUUCUCACUGAUUUGUGAGUGUGAGAAAAGUUAUCUUUUGUUUGAAUUCUGCUAGAACAGUUUAAUUCCUUUCUAAGGAUAUGAAAAAUGCAUUGGAAAGUGUGUACAUUUCAGACUCUUAGUUAUCUGGACUGAAGGCACUGUUCUCACCAUGGCCAGAAGAACGGGAGUAUUCUAUACAUGAAUCAUGCUAUAUUUUAAAUCAGGACAUCACUUAAAUAUUAAUGUUGUGUGUACAGAUUUUUGUUCUGGGAUUUUUUUUUUUUUUUUGCCUAAAUAAAUGUUAUAAAUUUUA